AUGCAGUCCAUGCAGAGACAGUUUGGCAAGCUGAUGAACAAGGCUCCAGGAGACAAUGCCAAAGUCUCUGCUGUUUUGAACGACUAUGAGGAUGCCGACAAUGUUCUUCAGAAGAUUAUAGAAAACACCAAGUCAUGGCGCGACUCCUGGGUUGCGCUGACUUCCACACAGCUGGGUAUCGUCACCGAAUAUGAAGGCCUAUACGACCCCAUCGAAGGCACCGGUCGAACCAAUGUGCGGACGGCCGUUGCCACUCCCGAGCUUCAACUACACCGGACUUUUAGUCUUAAAGAGGCGUAUGCGGAGCUCAAGACGGAGCUCACGGACGAGCUCGGCCAGAUUGAGUCCAGUAUCAUUGCGCCAGCCACGUCUGCACGAGACUGCCUCGCUCCAAUCAAGAAGACCAUCAAGAAAAGAGACAAUAGGCGAUUGGACUAUGAGAAGGCUCAAGACAAGGCGCUGAAGCUGCAGAGGAAGCCCGGCAAGUCCUCCAAGGAUGAAGUUGCCCUAGUCAAAGCACAAGAGGAGCUUGCCAGAGCCACAGAUGAGUUCCAAGUUGUUGACAACCAUGUUCGAGAGACAUUGCCGCCAAUCGUGAAUGCAGCAUUCAGCCUGGUACCUCCGUUGGUCAACGCCAUGGUCUUGAUUCAAAAUCGCCUGCUUGGUCUCUAUUAUACGGUGCUCCACAACUAUUGCGAAAGUCACAAUUUCCCAUCACCACCACCUCCCAUGGAGGACGUCAUCGCAACAUGGCAAGCUGCAUUUGGCCCUGCCAGAAAGGAUGUCGAGUCAAUCAGCUGCGUGGCUCACGGCAAGGCGGCAAGGCAGCCCAUGCAUGUCAAUAUUGAGGCACAAGCCGAGGACAACACUCGAAGGCCCUCGGCGGCUGGACCACCGAAUGGCUUCCGGCGUGCCUCGAGUAAUCUCAUUCCCUCACGAGACGACGGGCCUGGCCCCAUGCCGCCCCGCCCAACACGCAUUUCCUCGACACCUGUUGCGACGCCCGGGCCUCGUCCGACCUUCAACAACACAAACUAUGCCUCAAAUUCGAAUCUUGGCAUACCUACUGAGUUUACUACAGCAUCUGGCUACGGACGAUCGCCACCAGGGGGCCUUUCACCCAACUCAUUGAAGUCGAGAAGUGACUAUUUCUCACUCCGUCCACCGAGCAGCGCUUCGACGGCUCCAUCUACGGUUUCGACCAACAGCGUCUCGCCUGGCGUGGUAAAAAAGAAGCCGCCACCGCCACCACCCAAACGUAUUGGGCUUAACAAGCUGCCCGAGGAAUACGUGGUUGCGCUUUACGCCUUUACUGGUCAGAGCGCCGGUGAUUUGUCGUUCCAGGAAGGCGACCGGAUCAAGAUAGUGAAGAAAACGGGCACGGAUCAGGACUGGUGGGUUGGGGAGUUGGCAGGACGGCAAGGGAGCUUUCCUGCGAAUUACUGCAAAGCGACUUGA